GGCGCGGAAGGCAGAGGGGUGGGGAUCUUGGGUGGGCUGCCCCCCUCCCGCUCUGACCCGAUCCACACCCCGCGGAAAGCAGGCGCUGCCAGUUGAAUCAUUCCCCUUUCAGGAGGGAAGGGGGAUAAAGGUAACUAACCCCUUUUUGCGUCAGAAAGCAAAGGGAGAUCUUGGGCAGCUUUGCAGCCGCUCCGUCCCACUCCUGGACCAUGCACCUCUGCAUCUUUCUGCUCGGCCACAGGCGAGGACUUGAUUUCUUGAGCUGAGAGCUAAACUUUGUUGACUUUUCUUCUCCCCAACAACUGAAUCAUGCCAUGUGCCCAGAGGAGCUGGCUUGCAAACCUCUCCGUUGUAGCCUACCUCCUUAACUUUGGGGCCCUUUGCUAUGGGAGCCAAGCUCAGCCAGGCCCUGUGCACUUCCCGGACAGAAGGCAAGAGCAUUUUCUCAAGGCCCUGCCCGAAUACCACGUGGUGGCCCCAGUCCGAGUAGAUGCCAGGGGGCACUUUCUGUCCUAUGGCUUGCACCAUCCUGUCACCAGCAACAGCAGGAGGAAGAGAGAUGUGGAUGGCUCAGAGGACCGGGUGUACUACAGAAUUUCACACGAGGAGAAGGACCUGUUCUUUAACUUGUCGGUCAAUCAGGGAUUUCUUUCCAAAAGCUAUAUCCUGGAGAGGAGGUACGGGAACCUUUCCCACGUGAAGAUGGUGGCUUCCUCAGCACCCCCCUGCCAUCUCAGGGGCACAGUGCUGCAACAGGGUGUCAGGAUCGGGACCGCCGCCCUCAGUGCCUGCCAGGGACUGACUGGGUUUUUCCAUCUACCCCAUGGAGACUUCUUCAUUGAGCCUGUCAAAAAGCAUCCACUGGCUGAAGGAGAGUACCACCCACACAUCAUUUACAGGAAGCCGAGGCAGAGACCUCCAGAGAAGGAGGAACCAACCUGUGGAUUAAAGGAUGGUCUUGCCACCUCCCAGAAGCUGGAGCGACAGCGAGAGGAGUGGGAGAGGAGCCAGUGGCCCAGGAGAAGCCUGUCUCGGCGGUCCAUCAGCAAAGAGCGCUGGGUGGAGACGCUGGUCGUGGCUGACACGAAGAUGAUUGAGUAUCAUGGGAGCGACAGUGUCGAGUCCUACAUCCUCACCAUCAUGAACAUGGUCACUGGGUUGUUCCAUAACCCAAGCAUCGGCAAUGCCAUUCACAUUGUUGUGGUUCGGCUCAUUCUACUUGAAGAAGAAGAGCAAGGAUUGAAAAUCACCCACCAUGCGGAGAAGACACUGUCCAGCUUUUGUAAGUGGCAGAAGAGCAUCAAUCCGAAGAGUGACCUCAACCCUGCCCAUCAUGAUGUGGCUGUCCUCCUCACCAGAAAAGACAUCUGUGCUGGUGUCAAUCGCCCCUGUGAGACCUUGGGUCUGUCCCACCUGUCUGGAAUGUGCCAGCCUCACAGGAGCUGUAACAUCAAUGAAGACUCUGGACUCCCUCUGGCUUUCACAAUUGCCCAUGAACUUGGACACAGCUUUGGCAUCCAGCAUGACGGGAAAGAGAAUGACUGUGAGCCCGUGGGCAGGCACCCGUACCUCAUGUCCCGCCAGCUCCAGUACAAUCCCAGCCCACUGACCUGGUCCAAGUGCAGCAAGGAGUACAUCACCCGCUUCCUGGACCGGGGAUGGGGGUUUUGUCUCGAUGACAUCCCCCAAAAGAAAGGCUUGAAGUCCAAAGUCAUUGCCCCUGGAGUGAUCUAUGAUGUUCACCAUCAAUGCCAGCUGCAAUAUGGCCCCAAUGCCACCUUCUGCCAGGAAGUAGAAAAUGUCUGCCAGACCCUCUGGUGUUCAGUGAAAGGCUUUUGUCGCUCUAAGCUGGACGCUGCCGCAGAUGGGACACGGUGUGGUGAGAAGAAGUGGUGUAUGGCUGGCAAGUGCAUCACAGUGGGGAAGAAACCAGAGAGCAUCCCUGGUGGCUGGGGCCGCUGGUCGCCCUGGUCCCACUGCUCCAGGACCUGUGGAGCUGGGGCCCAGAGUGCAGAAAGGCUCUGCAACAAUCCUGAACCCAAGUUUGGCGGGAAGUACUGCACCGGGGAGAGGAAACGCUAUCGUUUGUGCAACGUCCACCCCUGUCGCCCAGACGUGCCCACCUUCCGGCAGAUGCAGUGCAGUGAGUUUGACACCGUUCCCUACAAGAAUGAGCUCUACCACUGGUUUCCAGUUUCUAAUCCAGCACAUCCUUGUGAGCUAUACUGCCGACCCAUAGAUGGCCAGUUUUCCGAGAAAAUGCUGGAUGCUGUCAUUGAUGGUACCCCUUGCUUUGAAGGUGGCAACAGCAGAAAUGUCUGUAUUAAUGGCAUAUGUAAGAUGGUCGGCUGUGACUAUGAGAUCGGCUCCAACGCCACAGAGGAUCGCUGCGGUGUGUGCCUCGGGGACGGCUCUGCCUGCCAGACUGUAAAGAAGAUGUUUAAACAGAAAGAAGGAUCUGGUUAUGUUGACAUCGGACUGAUUCCAAAAGGAGCAAGGGACAUACGGGUAAUGGAACUUGAGGGAGCUGGAAACUUUUUGGCCAUCAGGAGUGAAGACCCCCAAAAAUAUUACCUCAAUGGAGGGUUCAUUAUCCAGUGGAAUGGGAACUACAAGCUGGCGGGGACCACGUUCCAAUACGACAGGAAAGGAGACCUGGAGAAGCUGAUGGCCACGGGUCCUACCAAUGAGUCGGUGUGGAUCCAGCUUCUGUUUCAGGUGACUAAUCCCGGCAUCAAGUAUGAGUACACAAUCCGGAAAGAUGGCCUUGACAACGAUGUGGGAAAACUGGUGUACUUCUGGCAGUAUGGCCAUUGGACUGAGUGCAGUGUGACAUGUGGGACAGGUGUUCGCCGCCAGACUGCCCAUUGCGUAAAGAAGGGCCACGGGAUGGUGAAAGCUACAUUUUGUGACCCAGAAACCCAGCCCAAUGGGAGACAGAAGAAGUGCUAUGAAAAGGAUUGUCCACCCAGGUGGUGGGCCGGGGAGUGGGAAGCAUGCUCAGCCACGUGUGGGCCCCACGGAGAGAAGAAGCGGACAGUGCUGUGUGUCCAGACCACGGGCUCUGAUGAGCAGGCUCUCCCGACUAAAGACUGCCAGCACCUCCUGAAGCCCAAGACCCUCAUUUCCUGCAACAGAGACAUCUUAUGUCCGUCAGACUGGACGGUAGGCAACUGGAGUGAGUGUUCUGUCUCCUGCGGCGGGGGGGUGCGGAUCCGCAGUGUCACGUGUGCCAAGAACCAUGACGAGCCUUGCGAUGUGACAAGGAAGCCCAACAGCCGAGCUCUUUGUGGCCUCCAGCAGUGCCCAUCGAGCCGAAGAGUUCUGAAACCCCACAAAGGCCCAAUUCCCAGUGGGCGAAAUCUCCCAACAUCUGAGCCAGACCCCCCGCAGCCCAUCCCUCCAACUCCAUCCAGUCCCAGAAUGCUGAGCACGUCCACGGUGCCUGAGUCUAUGAGCACCAGUGCUGGGGCUGUCAGCAGCCCCAGUCCGACCACAGUCUCUGGACAAGGAGACAUGGAUGCCAAAUGGUGGCAGACUAGUUCACACCAAACUGAACCGGGUUCCCAUUAUGUCCUUUCCACCGGAAGUACUUCCCAGCCCAUCCCCACUUCCUGGUCUUUGAGUAGCCAGCCAAAUGAAGGGAAUGUUCCCAAUUCAGACCCUGGUCCUACCUCAGAGGGAGACUUUUUCACCACAACCAUGAGUGGUUCUGAUUUGCCAUCUUCCGGUAAGACUGUGACGUGGCAGGUGACACCAUUUUACGAUACCUUGACCAAAGAACCAGGGAUAGAGAUACACAGUGGCUCAGGGGAAGACAGUGAACAGUCUGAGAUCAAAAACGACAACAACUCUGUAACAUGGACCAAAAUCAGAGUAGCUGGAAAGGAUACUUCAGUGGUGAGAAGUACAGAGAUCCCCCUUGGACCUCCACCAACACCUUAUCUCAGGGGGGCGUCCUUGUGGCCACCCUUCAGCACGGUGAUGGAAGGUCUGCUGCCCAGCCACAGGCCUGCUACUCUCAAAAAUGGUACACCUGGUGCAGAGGUGAUGAUCACUGAAAAGCCAGCAAACACUCCAUUCCCUCUGGGAGGAGACCACCAGCCAGCACCAUCGGAACAUUCAGUCCACCAUAACCCUCCAGAACUUCCAGGCAGCAUGAAUCUAACGCAGGGUUCCGGACCAGUCCUGACCAAGGAAGACGCAACAAGUCUGAUUGCCGAGGGGUUUUUGCUCAAUGCUUCUGACUACAGGGAGCUCUCGACAGGCGGGAGCCCAGCAUACUGGAUUGCUGGAAACUGGAGUGAGUGUUCCACCAGCUGUGGGCUGGGGGCCUACUGGCGAAGCGUGGAAUGCAGCACCGGGAGGGACUCUGACUGUGCCGCUGUCCAGAAGCCCGACCCUGCUAAGAGGUGCCACCUCCGUCCCUGUGCCAGCUGGAGAGUGGGGAACUGGAGCAAGUGCUCCAGAAACUGCAGCGGGGGCUUCCAGAUCCGGGAGAUUCAGUGUGUGGACAGCCUGGACCGCCGCAGCCUGAGGCUGUUUCACUGCCAGUUCCUGGCCGGCAUUCGUCCCCCACUGAGCGUGAGCUGCAACGUGGAGCCCUGUGAAGAGUGGCAGGUGGAGCCCUGGAACCAGUGUUCCAGGUCCUGUGGAGGCGGAGUUCAGAAGAGAGCAGUAACUUGCCCGGGAGGUCUCUGUGACUGGAAGAAAAGGCCCACGCCCACUGCCCCCUGCAACAGCCACCCUUGUUGUCACUGGGUCGCUGGGAACUGGGACCUGUGCACCGCUUCCUGUGGGGGUGGCUUUCAGAAGAGGACCAUCCAUUGUGUCUCCUCAGAGGACAAUAUGACUGAAGACCGAUGCCUGUGUGAUCACGAGCCCAAACCUCCAGAAUUCCGAAAAUGCAGCCAAGAGGCCUGCAAGAAGAGUGAUGAUUUACUUUGUACCAAGGACAACUUAUCAACAAGUUUCUGCCAGACACUGAAAACCAUGAAGAAAUGUUCUGUACCCACCGUGAGGGCUCAGUGCUGCCUCACAUGUUCCCAGACACACGUCGUCCACACCCGAAGGCCAAGAAAGCCACAGUCGUUCAAAAACCCCAAAGCAUUCUAAGUCCAGAAGCAAGCCACCCCCCACCACAGACCACAGCCGCCUGCUGAUUGAUUCUCCCGCGUUCUAGCCCCAGGGACCACUUCAUUGAAGUUUUUCGGGUUCAACUUUGGUUCAAAACAAAAUCCACUGUGUUUUAUUCACCACAGAAUGGCUUUGCGGAAGGCAUGGAUGACAGGCUUGCUACUCCCUGAUAGGCCAGUGAGAUAUCCAGGAAGUUCAGGCAUCUCCUGGACGGGUUCUUGGGAAAGGUGCCAAAUUAGGUAAGUCAGUGACUGAUGUCUUUUUCCCCUUAAAAGUAAAAACAAAGACCCCAGGUUUUUCCCAGACUGCCUCAGGAGUAUCUGGAAAUAGAACCACAUGCAUCCAGGAAACAGUCCUUGAUAAUUACCUUGGUGAAAUCCUUCUUUUUUUCCUCCCUACUUGGGGAAGAUGCUGUUUAAUAUGUAAUGGAAGAGCUUUCAGGAAUAUUCCUUUAAUUCAUCCAGGCGAAGGCAACUUUCUUUAGUCAGUACACAACUGGGGGCAAGGGAGAGAAGGUGCUGGCUGUAUCAUUCAGUCCCUGUAGACUCGUCAUCUGGGCUGUUAAGACUCCCAUGCUGGCCUGGAGACAUGAGAAGAAGAGGAAAAAAGAAAUGGUCAGAAACUAUAGACUUUAAUAAAGGUAAGGGAUUUAGCUUAAUUAUAGGGAAGACAUUCUGACUCAAGGAUAAUUUCUAUGGAAAUUCUUAAAAAGGAAAUGAACAGAAAUUAAUUUCUUGCCAGUGUAAGAAAAGAAACACAGACCUUUAUACUUACCACUUUCCUGUCAAAUACCUUGCCUUUGGGGAAGAGCAGAGGAGUCUUCCCAUCUGACUUUCCUCUCCAGCAUGUUCCCUGCCUCAGUCAUCAACUCAGAGGUCCAACUGUCUUUCUCUUACUGGGGGUUCACACACAACAGCUGCCAUAGUCAAGUCCAUGGUUCCAAGACACUCCUGCCGACCCCAGGACAGAAAACGGGGCUCAAGAUCAAAAUAUUUCAGAGAACCAGGUAAACUGUAUUAAGUACAAGAACUUAAUACAAACUUCAGUCUUGAGAAAAAACAAA